AACUCCAUUUUUUUUAUAUUCUAUUUUAAUUUUAUCGCUGUCUAUCUUGUUGGCUUUCUUUAUGAACGAUCAGUUUCCAAGUUUUCAUGAGCAAUUGCAAAAUCUCACCCUUAACAUCGAUGACUACGAGAUGAAUACAGGUUCAGCGACACCAAGCUCAGCACGGCGUCCUUUGCCCAAUGAAAGGUGGAAGUCUAAUAAACCUACGGCAUCUGGUAAUGCUUGGAAAGUUAGUUCCAAAGCUCCGGGCAUGCCACAACCUGAUGGUUGGAAAAUGACCUCCAGCGUGAGUGAUAUCACAAAUCGUCAGUCGGUACCUAUGCCAGUCGCAACACCAUCUAUAAGUAGCCAGGAAGCCGAAGGCGGGUGGAAGAUGACUGGCCGGCCUUCUUACAGGCCAUCAUCAGCAUCUCCUACAACAGAAUCACAAUCUGGUGUUUAUUAUCCCCCCACGCCUAUCUUAGGCAUGCCAGAAGCUAAUCCUACACCUCGUAUGCCCCAUGACAAUCGACUCAAUUUUGACGAAUUACAGUCACGAAGACAAUCUGCCCCUCAGCCAUGGACAGAUUCUAGUAUUGCUACUCAUCCCGAAGACCAAGCUUGGCAUGAAUAUCAUCAGUAUGUCGCACACAAUUAUGCACAUCAAGACCCAUACACAUAUACUCCACAGAUAAGCAGUAUGCCAUCACCUGCGACGUUCAUGUCUCCUAAUGUCAGUCAUAUGAUCACUCCAUCUGCCACACCCAAACCUUUACCAGAGGAACCUCCUAUGCCGCCACCUCGAAAAUCCAUACCCGGAGGUUUUUUGAUGGCUGAAACAGGAUUUUCAACCACCCCAUCUCCCAUGCUACACUCGCACGAUCCCAUACCGUUUGAGUACCAUAAUCUUCAUCCAGGUCACUACAGACAUUCCAUUUCUACACCAGAUUUCCCAGCAUAUGGCACUGAGCCUUCACCACCUCUCAGCCAUCCUCCAUCCACGAGUCCAGCUGUCUCCAGUACGCCUUCCAGUGUUGAACAUGCACCGGCAGGUAAGAAAGAGAAGGGCAAGAAGGAGAAGGAUAGAGGAAAAGGGAAACCAGAACGCAAAGUGCGACAAAUCACUGUCCCUUCCAUCAACAAAGAGCACCGCGUCUGGAUCAACGUAGAUCCAACUGAAACUGGGCUGACGCUUGCGGAAAAGAUACAUAUCAUUGCCACGUUUAGAACUAGAAAAAUCUUGUCCAUUACAACGGCAUCUGGAAGACAGAUUCCCUUGGAUCAUCGACCAAUAUUUGGAAGUUGGGUGGACAUGGAAAAGUUUGUCGAUGGCGAGCCUUGGAAGGUCGAGUGGGGAGAGCUUGACAAAGGCGUCAUGGACAAAUUGUUUUCCAAAAUGGUUUCUGGAAAUCGCAAACCUCCUAAACGCGACGAGCGCUUGGACAGAAUUUAGGUCACUUGCGGUUCGUCAUAGAAGCAUACUUAGCUCUAACUCAUAUAAUUGCUACCAUAAGCUAGACAUUGUUAUGCCUUGUACAAUAUACCAUUUUUCGAAAAAUGUGCAGUAGCUUGAUAACAUAUUUCCAGCUGGCUGCUACAAACUUCACUUAUGUCUUGAAUAAGCAAGAUUGGCAGAGAGACUUUUAUAAGUAAUUAAAAAAAAGUAAUGAUAAUAAAUGUUAUUUUACACAGAUGACAAAGAAAAGUGGGGGUUAUGUUGUCAAAAUAUGAUAUGAAUAAGAUGCCUCUUACAACAGGCUUGGUUUUAAAUUACGGCUACUAAGGUAGGUAAAGAGAUAUUGGGUAACGCUACUAUUUGGUAAAUGGAUGCUAGAGAUACGAUUACUGUAGCACCGAAGACUGAUUACCAGACACUGCUUGUUCUUCAUCGACCUGAGUUGGGGUCUCAGAUCGAUUGAUGUUGGUCUUCUCAAGCAU